GUCUCCUCCAGAACGCAGCCGGCGAUAGCUCAUAUGCGGGCGUUUCCCUCCAUUUCUCUUCUGGUUCAAGGCCGUGGCCCCAAGCAGUUUUUGCUUCUUUGAUACGGCUGAAUUCACCAUGGACGUCUCUUUCACUCCAAACAACCCGGACUGGGUUUAUCUAGGCCUGACAGCGGAUGAUCUGGACAUGAUGAUGCCGAAAUAUCCCUUGAAAGAUUCUAUUCCACAUAUCCACUACUUAGACCCCGACGUCGGGGCGGCACCUACAGUUCAGACCUUUUAUGAGGGGCCGCCCAAAUGCCGUUGCUGUUCGAAUUGGAUCGAAAAGGCACCAGUCCAGGUGCCCGAGGCUGCCAAAGAACGAUAUGACGAAGCUUGCAUUCGAGUUUUUAAGACAAAGGACCACGAUACGCACUCGGCAAGGAUCGGUGGUCUUGCCGCGGUGAAGAAUGAUAUUAUCGAGGUGCAAGGCAAAGUGUUGGUCAACUUUCUACGACCGAUUCUGGCUGAGGUCGGAUUCAUCCCACCACUCAAGACCAAGAUCACCUUCACAGCACCGUUUCGUGAGCUUUACUUUGCGCAUCGGAAAAUUGUGCAGGCCGCUGCUGCGCUGGACGCGAUCAGCGAUGUCAGCCGCCAUGUUGGAGUGCUUGUGGCAACCAUCGAGGAGAUCUUCGCCGACACCGUGAAACAAGUCACGGAUCUACUCAGCAGACAGUCCAUCACGUUCGAAUAUCUGUGGACGUUGUUUGCAAUGCACUCGACGGUGUACUUGAAGGAAAGCCUAGGCAACCGCGUAUACGAAGUCACUCGGACCGAGUAUAUCGAUACCAAAGUCCUCUACGGGGAGAGAGACGUAAGUGAACGUACGUCCAAGCCCGACGUGUUCGAGGUCGAGUUCAGAAAUUUCAUGUUCGACGGCACAAACUUCGGAGUCACACACGACUCGCAGUAUAUACCCAAGUUCAAGGGCGUUCGGCGGAUCACUUCCCUCGAAGUGUAUCCGCUGGCGUAUCACUCCAAUCCAAACAUCGCGCACGACUGCUAUUUUCGCGGCGAGAAAAUCCUGGACCUGCAGGACAUGGUCUAUUGCAGCUACAACGGACCCGCGACGACGAUAUCUGUCGGAGAAAGCAGCACGAGACACGUUAAUGAAAGAGUCAUCGUCGACCCGUACGGGGCCCGGAAAUUCAUGAGUGAAGGAGGAGCCGAUCACGCCGACGCAGAAGAGCCGGAGGAGAUGUUGCAGACUGAAGGCUCUCAGGGCAACAGAGAGCAGACCAAAGCAUCAUUGCCCCGACUGCAUCGUCGAUCACGACGUCCAAACAAAGCAGAACAAGCCAGGAAUCGUGACUUUCUCCAGGCGAAGCCUGAACACUUGGUCACCAUGAAUCCCAACAUCGAGGCAUACUUGUUGUCCACCAACGAAUGGAUCAAGUGCAACCUGGAAUACUUCGAGCCCAUUGAAUGGAACGCACGCGCCUUCGAUUACCUGGUUCUAGACAAGGACGUUAAGGACAUGCUGAAAACGUCCGUCGACUUGCACAACGAAGGCAGUCGCAGGGACGACGGCCUCAUUGCCGGCAAAGGAGAUGGUCUGAUUGUGCUCUUGAGCGGGUUGACCGGGACCGGGAAGACCUUGACGGUCGAAGCAGUGGCCGACAAGCUCAAGAAGCCACUCUUCAGGCUGCGGCCGGACCGUCUUGGGUCGUCUCCCCAGUCGAUGGGCAAACGGCUCCACGACGCGUGCGAGCUUGCUCUUCAUUGGCGAGCUAUACUGCUGCUCGAUGGGGCUGACAGCCUCCUCUCGAAACGAACUCGACAUGGAGGCGUCCGCGACGAAAUGGCCGCCGUCCUGCUCCACCACCUCGAAUACUACCGAGGGAUCAUGUUCAUGACGACCAACCUGGUCGACGACGUUGACCACGCGGUCAGCUCUCGGGUCCGCAUCCACAUUCGCCACAAGCCUCUCACGGCCCCGCAACGCUUGAUGCUGUGGGAGACGUUCCUGGCUCUGUCGAAACCGGCCUCCCAACCCUUCCUUGUAGGUCACGAUGGGGAUGUUUUGGUGAUUCUUUCGCAGCAGGAGUGGGAGCAGCUUGCCGCCUGGAAGCUCAAUGGCCGGGAAAUCGCAAACGUUGCAAAGAAUACCGUCGUGUGGUGCCGAGCAAGAAACUAUGUCAUCACAUUGGAUAGCCUGGAGAAAAUGAUCCCACUCACGACUCCGCUCGCGGAGAAGGAGACUGAUGACCCGGAGUCGGCGUCUGACUUGAAUUCGCAAAGUCGGCCCAGAAAACGAGCUCGGACUACCCAGGUCUGAGAUGGGGAAGUGGCCAUUGUAUUAAUCAGAAAGCAAUUUGUACUUGUCUAGCGAAG